UUCUCAAUCCAAAAGAAAGGUGUAGAUCACCUCUUCCUCAAUACGUGGAGGUUCCCCACACAGCAGGCUAUCCUGUAUUGUCGGACCCUGACAUGUUUCAAAUGGCAAUUGAAACUCCUGGAAGCAACAAUUCUUCUUUGCAUCCUCAUUUUGGCUAUCUCUCAUUUGCUCCUCCAGAGCUGUCAUUUGGCAAGUACCUGACUGAUGAACAGGCAUGGGUGGACACAAUUAAAUCUGUAGGAAUAGGGGCGUCUGUUAGAAUUAGUACUAUGGAUUGGCUUGGUCAAUCCCAGUACACAAACCAAACAGUUUACUGGUCGACCCUUUCUUCAGCAGUGUCAGAGGUUAUCUUCUCAAAGCAUGCAGAGGUCAAGAUAUUAGUGGCAUAUUGGGCACAUUAUAUCAACAACACAGAUCAGUAUCUGAAGUCUCUUCUCUACUCCAAUACCCUAUGCUCUUCCUCAAAGUACAACAAAUGUUCUGGCAAAGUUGAGAUCAAAUACUACAUGGUGCCUGGAUUUAAUUUGACUGGACCUGCUAAUCUGAAUGGAACAAGCACUGGAAAUAUUUAUCCGGGCUUUACUAGAGUCAACCAUGGAAAAUACACAGUUAGCGAUGUGCGAGCCCACAUUGGAACCAGCAAUCUGAUAUGGGAUUAUUUCUAUACGACAGCGGGUGUCAGCUUCGGGACAUACAAUCCUGCCAUUAUUUUGCAACUUCAAGAAAUCUUUGAUGCUGAUUGGAAUUCACCAUAUGCUGUUCCAGUUGAAUCAUUGGAGGAAGCUCGUGCUUAUUCAAGUUGAUGAAAUUUUUGAACUUGUUGGCAACAAGUUGAAAAUAAGAGAAAGAGGUAGCUACAAAAGUGAUUGAAGACCUGAAGAUUCCGACUGCAUAGUUACACGACUGAGUUGAUUGCAUGCGCUUUAAAUUGCCAAGUUUUCACCUUAGAACUCAUUUUCAAAAACCAGCUACAGAAGAAUAAACUGAACUUAUUUAACCUGAUCAUAUUGAGAAAGAGACUGGCACUUGUAACAGGCCAGUAUAAAAGACUCUCUCCCCCUCUCAGAAUAGGUCCUCUUUUCUUUCCUUGUUUUUUUCUUCCGUACAAUGCUACACUACACAAAAGUAGAGUCAACCAGGAGCAGAAAUAAAAAAAGGAAAAUAUUAUUUGGACUUUAUUUGAGAACGUUGUUCAGGAAUUUAAUGAUGUAUAACUAUUAGAUUAAUUGUGG